CAGUCGGAGGAGGACGGGCCCGUGAGCGUACGGAGGGGAGGGACUGGCUGCUGCGGCUGCAAAACAAGGAAGUCUCCACACACUGCCCCCGGUCGGGAUCCCCAAGCUACCGCCAUCAUGCCAGAUCAGUCUUACUGUGAUCGGCUGAGGCAGGACAUGUACUUUCUCACGAGCAAUGGCAGACUGAGUGAGCACCUGGCUGAUAAAAUUAUUCUUCAGCUAAACAGAGUUUAUCCCCAAAUUCUCACCAAUAAAGAAGCAGAAAAGUUCAGAAAUCCAAAGGCAUCGCUUCAUAUUCGGUUGUCAGAUCUUAUAAGCCACCUACAAAAGAAAGGAGACAAACACUGUCAAGAAUUUUACAGGGCUUUACAGAUCAAUGCUGAGCAACUGUAUAAUGACUUGCCAAGCAGAAAAAUCCUGAAAACCUCAGCUUCCACAGCGAUAGACACAGACAAGGAGAAACAUAUUCUAACUGACAGGGGUCCCAUGUUCUUCCUUGCUUGCUUUAGUGUUGCUGCAGGAUUAGCAUUGUUCAUGUACUGCUGGAACCCAGAUCCAAAAGUUAUAGGAGGAGCCAAGAAAAUAUUGGGAUUUUCUCCUAUUAUCAUAGGAAGACAUGUUAGAAAUAUUUGUUUGGUAUACAUAGAAGAUACAUCAAGGAAAAAUUAAGGAAAAGCCGCUUCUUCAGUCUUCUGUACAGUAUACCUGCCAACGGGAAAACAAAUAUAUACACACACACUAUCUAUUAUACCAAAGAUUUAGGUAACUGGCUUUAGCAGUAAAUAUGCUGCUUCAAGGUGCUUUCAAAUGGUCAACUAUAUAUGAACUUGUGGAAAUGGAUCGUUUAUUUUUGUAAAUGCUUCUUUUAAAAUACUUAUCAUUUGAGUAUGAAUAUUUUUAAUACACACCUUAAAAGGAUAUUCUAAGUCAUUAUAGCUCUUAAGCCAUGUUUGUGUAUUUGUGUUUUAUACUGGUGUAGAGGAACACAGCAGUUUAAAGGAUGUAAUUCUAUCUCUCUUUACUGGUUCGUUUAAGAAUGACACUUAAAAAAACCAAAGCCUUACUAAGAACUGGACCUGAUCUUUUGUGUCAGGAUUGUUCAUUCCCAUCUGUUUUCUUUAUACUACAGGAGUAUAUGGCCACUGUCCCUACAAGACUCAUCACUAGCUGGUUCAUUUUGUGUGUAUUCAAAACCUUGCAAGGUUUCCUGACUGCCGGGGUCUGAAAACUGUCUGUUCUCAUUGUUAUAAUACAUUGAGCAAGGGUGGGCUUUACACAAUGACCCUUUGACUCUGUGGGAUGGCAGAACUAUCAAGCUUUUGAAGCUACCAAGUAGGGUUCUCAGUUUUACAUAGUUCUUUCCUUUCCAGGAAAGUUUGUUUAGUUUUGGUAUAGCCAGGAAACUGAAGUAAUCCAGUAUAUUUGACAGGGACUUCAGAAAUAAUCAAAGCUGCAUGACAUGCUUUUGUUUAUGUCUGAAAAGAUGUAUUUGAACAUGAAGUACUGUAAAAUUUCCUAAGGUGACUUGAUCACAUGUUAUAUUGUUUCUUCUGUGAGUAAAAUCCUGAAAAACUUGUGAAAGUCUUUCUUAACACAUCAAGAGUUGGUGUCAGGCUAAAGCAUGUAUGGGAAGUACAGGGAGCCAGGACUGAAAAUAAGAUUUGAGGGGGAGUGGGGAGAGGUUGUUUUGUUUUGCAUUUUGGGGCCAAUCCUGCUCUCAUUGAUGUCAGUAGGAGUUUUCUGUCCUCCUGCUCCUUCUCCCUGCCUGGGUCCUGAACCUGGCUACAAAUAGUGACAUUCACAACAGGUGGGUUCUCUCAUGACCUACUCCAGAGUAUAAAAGAAACUGGGGAUAUCCUUCCCCAAACUUCUUGGUAGGGCGAUCUCUUCAUCAGCCCCUCCUUCAUGGGAAUGUUUUGCCCAUCAAUUGAUAUUCCUUUGUUUUGCCAUUCCUUGAUAUUCCAUUGUAUCCUCAUGGACACAGUUAAUCAUAGUAACAGGUAUUGGCUUUCUGUGUUUCAGAUUCUAGAGUCUUUCAAGGUUCACCCUCAAGUACCCCAGUCUUAGGGCUUGUCUACACAGGAAAGUUAUACCAAUAUAAGAUAAGGUGUGGAUUUAAAUCACUAUAGUUAUGCCAGUAUAACUCCCUGGGUGGACACUCUUAUUCUGGAAUAAGAGUGGGAUUUUGGGGGUUUAUGGGAGUUUAUGUCACGUUAGAAAGGGUUGAAGCUAAACCAAAGUCUAAAAAAAAAGCCUCUCAUUCUGGAAUAAGAGUCUCCCCAGGGGGAAUUGUACUGGUAUAACUAUGGCGGUUUAACUAUACUGGUAUAAUUAUACCAAUAUAAUUGGUAAAAGGUCUUGUGUAGACAAGCCUCUAACUGUGAAAUUUCCCACCCCCGGAGAACAGGUUUCUAGGACUACCCCUGGACUAUGGCUGCAUCUUAAGGCAAAAUGUCCUGUUUCACCACAUUUAUAGCAGUCUCUCCCCAGUCCCAUCUUUCUGAAAAAUGGGACAAGUCUGAGAACCCCCUGUCCUUAUGGCCACCCAUAUGAUAGGGCCCAUUCUUUCCAGUGUGGUAAUAUAAGGUUCUGUAUUGUCUCCUGGCAUCAGGCGUGUCAUCUCAGGGCCUUUCCACACUGGAAUCUGAUAGGACUCCAUCUCUUUAAGAGCCUUGAACGUUGCAGCCCUUUCUUCCUCUGGCUGGGCCCUCCCUGUUCUGUUGAUCUUCCUGAAAUCUCUGGAACUCGUCAGCCUGUGGCAUGUCAUCUGUCUACUGCCUCCCUUUUGUCCGAGCCCACUGAACAGCGAGCCACUUUAGUGUUGCCCUCACUUGGUCAGGUGGGUCACCGAACAAUCUUGUCUUUAGUUUAGCAGCUGCCCCUAAAGGACUCAGAGCUUAUACUUCAUCCCACUCCUUAACUUCUGGUCUGUACCUAAGGGUGGAUAGACAGGAUCCUUGGUCUAGCUCCUCCAGCACACCCAGCAAGCAUCUCUUCUGACAUCUUGAUGGGUAGAUGUCCCCACCACCACCCAGAGAAUAGUAAGAAGUUGUACAAAGGUCCUUUCACUGGGCUGUUUAGUUUUGGACUGUAAUCUCCAGUGCUUUGAUUUAUACUUUCCCCUUCUCUAAUGCAAAGCGGACUUUUUCCCAUGUAGAGCCGAAGCAACAUCCCAUGCAUGACUCCCUAGCAAAGGGCCUGGAUGAAUGGGUUGGCUUAUAUAACACUAGUGCUCCAGUCAAUCAGCUUGGGAGGAGAAAAGGGCUGGAGCAGCAAUAACCAACUAUCUAACCAGUCAAAACACAUCCCAGGGGUUAUCAACAUUAACAGUUUGAUUAGGCAGGUCUUAGUUAGCACCUACUGGCUAGUUCUCGACCCUCCUACCUCCUUACUGACUGUCUGAUCUCCUCUUCCUACCAUUUGAACAGUUUCCUGUGGUCUUAAUGGGCUCACUUGAUGCAGUCCUUCAUGUCCUCUUGUAAACAAUACCUGGUUCUCUGGUGUGUGGGUAUUUGGGCUGUAAUCUCCCAAACCUAUCAACUAAACCCUGAAGAAAGGAUGGGGGAAAGCCACCCAACAGAAACCUGGCAGCAUCUUUAGGUAUUUGACUGUUCUGUCACAUACACCAGUCAACAUUCAUGGGCCCUGCAUACUCACCAAUGGCUAUGGCCCUGAUCCAGCAAGGGGUGUAAACUUGUGCCUAACCUUAAGCGUGUGAGUAGUUCCAUUGAUGCCAGUGGGACUACUCACGUGUUCAAGUGCCUUCCUGAGCUGGGGCUUUUACCAGAAAAUCUAAUUUUUUCCCAGUGUCUGAGUUUCAGAGCACCCUAAGAAGGAGUAAUGACAGGAUAGUUUAUACCUAAGAAUUCAUCUGACUCUUCAGUCUGAUCAUCUUACUCCAAAGAGAACAACCCACAUUAUCCUCUUAGAAACAACUGAUCUUGUAAUACAUUGUUUCCUUCCGAGACAAAUUUUACAAGAGGCAAUAGCAGGCCUGGGGAGGAGCGGGAAUCACAGGACCAGAUUUCUGAAUAACAGACCCCUUUUAGCACCCUCAGCAUAUUUGUGACCAAUUGAGGAAGGGCUGAAAUAGGGCCCAAAAGGGCCCCAUUUCUCCCCCUGCUGACGUCAGUGGGAGUUUUUCCAUUGCAGUGGAUGGGAGAGAAGCCAGCCGUAGCUAGACAGCAUAGUUUGUCUAUUAAAUUUCUAAAACUCUGUGUUUUCAGUGGUUUAAUUACCUUAACUUCACUAGAGGAGCUCCUCAUUUACAUACACAUACAGCAAUGUCAGGAGUGGGUCACAGGACUAUUUAAAUAUAUAGCAUAAGAUGGACAUGAAUAAAGAUUCUAUGCAAAUGAAAUAACAUCAUUUGUCCUUACCCAGCAGAACAGUAUGUUUAGAUGUUUUUUCUUCCAUCUGCCCCAUCAUCUCUCAUGUCUAUUUCAUUCUAAUAGCCACCGGGUCAGGGAAUCUUGUUACAGGGAUAACUGACAGUGCUUGCAGCAUUUCCUGUAGAAUUGCCAUGAUAAUGUCCUCAAUGAGCACAACCCACAGCUCUGCUGCCAGAGUUGCACACUGAUCCAGCAUUGUGCCAACCUCCAAGCUGGAAAGUGCUUGAAUUAUAUUCUGUUCUUCCCGUGUCUUGCCCUGUAGGUAAAGUCAGAGCGAUUUUUUUCCCCAGCACACCGUCUCUAAUUUAUAACAUCAAAAACCAAAUGUGACUCUCCAUGGGCUGCUUAAAUCCAGCAGGGGCUCCUCUCUAAGGAAACUGAAAUAAAACGCUUCUGAAAUGUAAAAGGGUUUUAAAUCUUCAUGCCAAAACUGUAUUGCAAACCUCAUUAGAGUGAAAUGAUUUCUAUUGAUAGAAAAAGCACUGUACAAAACAGAGUCCUCUCAGACAGCCACAUCUCAUUUUAAUGCAAAUACAGCAGCCUCGUUACUAGUAAGCAGCUUCUCUGUGUCUAGAUUAUCCAACCUAGUGUGCCCUGGACAAAAAACUUUAAACUGUGAUUUGUUAUGAUCCUACAGGAAGAAUUAGCAUCUCAUACACUUUGAAGGCCAGAUUCUGCCACACUUGUAGUGUACUCUACCAGCAAUCUCACUGAAAUAUCCCUGGAGUACUCAAUGUAAGCAUGGCAGAAUCUGUUCCUGAUAGGGGUUAGGGCCCAGAACCUCAAAGCUAUUUAGGUGCCUGGCUCCCAUUGAAAUCAGUGGGAGGUAGGUGCCUAAAUAGUUUUGAGGAUUUGGGCUGGGUUCUUUAAAGAAAAUGGCUUUGAUCAUCCUUUGCAAUCAUGCAGGAAUUGGUAUAUUUACUAAUGGCUAAGGUUAUAGUCUUUCCAAGUAGUGUGUCCAACUACUUGGUGUUUGAGAUCUACUGAGAUGAGGUUAUUUUUCACAAAUAAAAUCUCCUGGGAAGGACAAUCAUUAGAUUCCCAGCUACUAGCCCUGGAGAGAGUACACAUGCACCCUGUAGCAGGAUUUGGCUGUAAAUCUGAACACACAAGGUAAAAUUUUUCUUAUGCUUCUGUUUUCAGGGCAAACUUAUUUUUGGUCCAGUAUGGUCAGAACCCCGAGAGUAAAUAAGAGAAAACUACUUGUUCUUUGUUUGCUGUUUCUUGCAUUACUUGUAAAUGGAAACUGAUGGUUACUUUGUAUCGAUAUAUGUAAUUUUUACACAGUGCAAUGCACAAUUACUAUGUGCGGUGUUGUUGUAGCCGGGUUGUAGAGAGACAAGGUGGGUGAGGUAAUAUCUUUUAUUGGACCAACUUCUGUUGGAAGUUUGUCUCUGACACCAACAGGUGUAGGUCCAAUGAAAGCUAUUACCUCACCCACCUUGUCUCUCUUGCACAAUUACUGUAGUAGGUUUUCUCCCACCACCACCCCACCUUUCUGCUUCCCAUAAAGAGGAUUUGAGGAAACAGAGUGACAGCAAUAGAUUUCUUGUUAUUCUCUCAGUCUGGAACAGAAGGUUCCAUACAAUUUUGUAACCCUGUAGGGAUGGAUGCCUUUUCUUAAAAAGUUCUUCGUUCAGGAAUGGAUACCAAGCGAUAGCUCACUUCUUUGUGCAGUGUGUUUGUAUACAGCAUAUGUCGGUUUUUCCAUGUCCAGUGCCAUGGGAAGUGGAUAGGCUAGCCCUUUGGAAGUCAUGAAUUCUGUGGUGUCCUUCUACAGAAGGGAAAUUUAGGUUAGAUAUUAGGAAUAACUUUCUAACAGUAAGGAUAUUUAAGUACUGAAACAGAUUAAUAGUGGAGGGUAUGGAAUCCCCAUACUUGGAGGUUCUUAAGAACUGGUUAGACAAACACCUAUAAGGGCUGAUCUAUGUGUACUUAAUCCUGCCUCAGCAUGGAGUGAUGGACUAGAUCUGUGGCUCAAACUUAUUUGAUUGUGCCUCCAUUCUUUGUGUCUGUAGUGUAUGCCUCAGUGUAUGCCUCAGUCGCCACUCUCCUACAGCCCAGCUCCAAAGGCAGAGCAGAGAGCAGCGGCUGCUGGCCGGGCUGCCAGCUCUGAAGGCAGUGCCGCCGCCAGCAGCAGGGAAGUAACGGUGGCAUGAGAUGGUACGGCCACCCUUACUUCUGCACUGCUGCUGCUGGCAGUGCCCUCAACAGCCACCCCUCUCCGGCCACCCAGCUCUAAAUGUGCACCGUACAUUUUUUCCCCCUAAAGCAUCUCAUGCCCCCCAGAGCACAUUCCAGCCCCCACCCCAGGAGUGUGUUCCCCCGUGUGAGAACCUCUCAACCGGAUGACCUCGUGAGCCAUACAUUUCUAUAAUUCUAUUAUUAUUAUUGUUUUACUUGACAAAAAUAAAGUUAAGUUUUGGAUCACUCCAUCUAUUUGGAGAGAGCUAAAUCCCCCUUCAAACCCAGAAUAAACAGCCUGCCAUUAAUGAUUCAAAUGGACACAUUUAGGCCCUAGUCCUGCAAGGAUUUGCACACAUGCUUAACAUUCCGCAUAAGGAUGUAGUCCCACCUGUGUAACUUUAAGCAGUGGUUAAGUGCUCGCUGGAUCCAAGCUUACUUUCUAAAUUAUAGUGGGUUACCACAUUGUGAAAAAUUGCUCCUGUGUGUCUGCUAAAGACUGAAUAUAGCUCAGCCGUAUUGUCAGCAUCCUCCAACCUACUCAAAGUAAACUGACUAUGCACAGGGCUGUUUAGAGAGGGAAGAAAUUUGCUGUCCCUUCUUCCCCGAAGCCUUAGCCUCAUGUUACAGUAGCAUGGUGGAAUGGGGGGACAUUGCACAAUACACCCCUCCAAAACAAACAAACAAACCCUCCGCAUUGGCAUGGUCAUAGCAGCCUCGCAGAGCACAGCUUUGCAGCAUAUUAGAGACUCUGUACCUGGUGUACAGAUUGCCUGCAUCUUGUCUCUGUGAAACGGCACUUUUUCUGUUGCUUUUACAUUUGUGUGGGUGCGGCUGAGGGGAAGUUUGUCCCCCAAAGGGCAUGCAGUCCCAUCCAAAUGCUUGCUGUCACUAUGGGGAACUUCUUUUUUCCUCUGGUUUCUGUCAUGAAUGGGCUAUUUGAUUUAGAUCAAAACUGAACUGCCUCCAGUUGCCUCAGUCUUGAUGUCAAAUGUACCCAGAUUCAAGGAAAAAAGAUGGGCAAUAGCCUGAUCUUUAAUCCUCUAAAAUAAAGCAAGUAAACAGACAGCAUAUAAAUAGUUAAACCAGGCCAACUGGGCCAUCUGUAUCCAAAGGGAGUGGAAAACAAAAUGACACAUCCCACAAUAGGUUUGCACAACUCCAUUUGAAGGGAACAACUGCACUAUUUAAAGCGUGACUUGUCUGCAAGCGAGAACUAUAUUAAAGUGAUCACCCUCUCAGGAAUGUCCUGGGUUACUUUACAGUUCUAGCUGGGCUUCUCAAAGCCAUGUAGGAGAUUUGGCUACUCAAUUCCCAUUGAAAAGUUCAGCUUUUGGAUCAUUUUUGUAGUACUGUAUGUAAAUAUCACUCGUGGCUUUGUUUUGGAGUGUUGUGUACAGUAAUAGCAAAAUAAUCAUAAAAUAUUAAUAAGGAAUCUUGCAUUCUUAGAUUUUUUUUAUUGGGGAAUUGUAUAGACAUCCAUUAGUCCAGGAAAUUCAUGGAAUUCUUGAAAAGUCUGGCCAGUGUUACUGUUCCACUAAGAAAUGCAAGCUAGCUAGUAUACUGCAUGGGUUUGAUAUUUUAUAGUCAAAUAUCCUUGUUCAUAUCUUCCAAUGAUAACAUUUAUCAUGUAUAUGUCAUGUGAGCUAAAGGAAAGUUGUUAUAAAGUAAAAACAUUAAACAAAGUUGUUAAUUCAAAUUAAAUUUUAAGAAUUUAAAGAAUCUGUGUGUUGGGAGGACUAUAAUGUUAUGUUUUUUCAUGUAUUUUAUGCUUUGCAAUGAAGUCAAGAAGUGCCCUACAAUGUGUUAUGUUGCCCCCUAGUGGCUGCUGCCUCCAGGGGGCUAUACUAUACCAUACAAGGGUGAAUGUUUUGAGUGGGACAACUAGUUAUCACAAGUUAUUUUAAUGUCAUUAUUUUUGUUUCAGAUGUAUUUACAGUAUUGCUUGUUAAUCUGUUCACCAGUCUUAAAUUAAACAUGAAAUACU